CUCUUGAACCUGCGGCGACUGGUGGGUGUCGCAGUUUUCGCAUCCUCGACCUUUAGUCACGAAUCACAUUGUUCGAAACUAGUGCAAUGCGUCGAUCGGCUUUUGUGGUGUGCUUUUAUUCGUGGUUAAAUUUUGUAACUUGUGGGCGUGCUGGCAGCAGCUCUUUCAACACAAAUGGUGACAACAAACAGAACCACUCGCAGCACGGACCAGGCUUCUCUUUGCCCGACAAUUACGUCAAAGAUAUGUAUUCAGAGAUCAGGCCCCCUUCGACCAAGGGAAAUCCCGUUGUCAUUGAUUUCAAUAUCUUCGUCGUUGACAUUAAUUCCAUCAACGUCGAAGACAUGGAUUUCCGUGUGGACAUGUUCGUGAGACAAAGCUGGACCGAGUCUCGUUUAAAUAUGCCAAACGACAUAUUCGAGGAAGGCGAUGAUUAUGUGACCCUACCACCGGAGUUUUUCGAAAAUGUUUGGCAACCGGAUCCCUAUUUCUUGAAUUCCAAAGUCUCGGAAAUAGCUGCACUCACUCACAAAUUUUCAUCAGUAAUGCUGUACAGGAACAAAACUGUUAGAUAUUCGGCAAGAAUGCACGCAAUAGUAGCGUGUCAAAUGGAGUUUCAGCUCUACCCAAUGGACAUACAAGUUUGUCCCAUUUACAUCGAGAGCUUCUCUUACAACAGCAAAAAACUCCAAUUAAAAUGGGGCAAUGGUGGAGUCACAGUGAAUCCUGAAUUAAAACUCCUGCAAUACAACGUUGGGAAACCCUUGCUCGUCGAGGAAACGAGCAAUUUUAUACCCGAGAAAAAUGGAAACUUCUCGCGCUUGGUCGUCUACUUCCGUUUCGAGAGACAGAUCGGUCAUCACCUGAUUCAAACAUUCGCACCUUCGACACUCGUCGUGAUGCUAUCGUGGUUCAGCUUUUGGUUGGGUCUCGACGCCAUACCUGGUCGAGUUACGCUUCUUGUCACGAGUAUGCUCACCCUAGUAACCAUGUUCACGGGUCUCAAAAGUGAUAUUCCACCGGUCGCUUACGUAAAAGCGCUCGAUCUUUGGAUGGCAGGAUGCAUGUUUUUCGUUUUUGCAGCACUCGGUGAAUUCGUUGUAGUUAAAGUUUUGGAUUUGCGUGAUCAGCAGGAAAUGGAUGCGCUCAAUUUGCCACGACAGUAUUACACGAGACUAGCUUCGAUGGACAAAAGUUCAUCAAUUUGGGACUACGAUUCGAUGUCGAUUGCACAGCCGAAAAAAAAGCGUACGGGCAGUCGACACCUUUUACAAACUGCCUGGUUGGAUCCAGAAAUUUUGAUGCACACUAAAAAAGCACUUUCACAGAAAAUUGAUGCCCACAGUCGUGUCGUAUUCCCAGCAGUGUUUUCAUUAUUCGUUGUGCUGUAUUGGCCCAUCGUAUUUCUUAAAAAAUCAUCUUAGAGAUUACCGACCCAAACUUUUUACGCAAUAUGCUGCGUCGAAUUGAAAUGAAUUUCUCGUUAAUACUUUAUGUACAAGAAGUUUAUUAAAAAUGAUCAUACAACCUCGA